CAAAGCGCCUCCUAAGCAUUCUGAUUGAGACUAAUAGCUUGAGCGCCCUGUGAUCCAGUCUUUGAAGGCCUGGGCUCUAAUAAAUAUCGUCCUCUAUCCCGAACGCUUCCAUCAUGGCGAACCCAAUCAGCAAGAAAAGAAAGUUUGUAGCUGAUGGCGUUUUCAAAGCAGAAUUGAAUGAGUUCCUCAAAAGAGAGUUGGCAGAAGAUGGAUACAGUGGAGUUGAAGUUCGAGUCACUCCAAUUAGAACAGAAAUUAUCAUUCUAGCAACAAGGACACAAAGUGUGCUUGGAGAAAAAGGUCGAAGAAUCAGAGAACUCACUUCGGUUGUCCAGAAAAGAUUCAACUUUCAAGAGGGGACUGUUGAGCUUUAUGCAGAGAAAGUUGCCACUCGUGGACUCUGUGCAAUUGCCCAAUGUGAAUCUCUUCGAUACAAGCUACUUGGUGGUCUUGCAGUUAGAAAAGCCUGCUAUGGUGUUGUUAGGUUUAUCAUGGAGAGUGGGGCAAAAGGCUGUGAAGUAGUGGUUUCAGGCAAACUUAGAGGCCAAAGAGCCAAGUCAAUGAAGUUCACAGAUGGCUUCAUGAUCCACAGUGGUCACCCAAUUGAAGAAUACAUUGAUAUGGCUGUGAGACACGUAUAUCUUCGCCAAGGGGUACUUGGUAUAAAAGUGAAGAUCAUGCUUCCAUGGGAUCCUCAAGGAAAGACAGGACCAAAGAAAUCUCUGCCAGACCAUGUUAGCAUUGUAGAGCCCAAAGAUGACUUCUUACCUACACAACCAACAUCUGAGCAAAAGGGUGGAAAGCCAGAGGCUGAACAACAGCAAGUGAACCCAGUAAUGUAAAAAGACACACUGAAUUGAAAAGACCAUUAUAAUGAAAUGAAAAGUA